GAGCCACCAGACGCACCGACUGUGACCCGAUUGAUGCUUCGUGGUGAUCGCAGUGCGUGGUAGCAAACAGUUAGGGGAGGAUUUUGCAAGUGUACGAGCCACAGCUACAAAAAGGAUCAGCUUACCUUGCGGCAAGAUCAUUUCUCAAGUGACUACCGUGCAGUGAGGAGCACCAGCGACAAGAUCGCAACAUCAGCAGCAGAUCGCAACCUAUAUUUACAAACAACUCAUUAAAACCAACAAACACACAAUGGCCGUGGAGGGUCAGCGAUUUAUGACCAAGACCCAGCACUACCGCAAGGUGACCAAACCGCUGCUGGAGCGGAAGAGGCGGGCCCGGAUGAAUCUCUAUCUGGACGAGCUGAAAGACCUCAUUGUGGACACUAUGGACGCCCAGGGCGAGCAGGUCAGCAAGCUGGAGAAGGCCGACAUUCUGGAGCUGACAGUCAACUACCUAAAGUCACAGCAGCACCAACAGCGCCUGGCCAAUCCCCAAUCCCCCCGAUCCUCCCAGGUCAACUUUGACAAGUUCCGAGCUGGAUACACCCAGGCUGCAUAUGAAGUCUCGCACAUAUUCUCCACUGUUCCCGGCUUGGAUCUCAAGUUCGGCACCCACCUGAUGAAGCAGCUGGGACACCAGCUGAAGGACAUGAAACAGGACAUGGACUGCACCGAGCCUAAUGACGAGCCCGUCAAUCUUUCCGAGCGCAAAUCGGAUGAACACGUACCUCUGAAACGCUCCAGGUCGCCGCAGGAGCACGAACAGGAGAACCCCCAGGGCGAGGAUGUCUGGCGUCCCUGGUGAAGAACUGAAGAACCAAAACACUCAACAUUGAGAGCUUUACUACUCUGGUUUUAGAAUCUAAAGUCUAGAUGAUAAUCACUCAGAAUAAUCCAUGUUUUCCAAGGCCUAGUGUCAACAUUUGCCUCAGAAUCGUAUUAGCUUUUAGUAGAUUUGAUAUGAUGUGAUGUUCCUGUGAUAGUUUUUAAGUUCGUAUUUUUAAUUGAUCUCCCUUAGUUUUUAAGAUUCACGGAUUUAACAAUCAUAAUUUAUUUUAUUUACACAUUUUAUAGCUUUCUCACUGAGCUUCCACUUAGUUUUAUCAAUAAAAUAUAUUCUUAUGUGCUUUAAUCUAUGUAUUUUUUCUAUAAAAUAUCUAGAAUAAGUCAAUAUCCAUUUAAUAAAAGAA